AUGAAUCCUUUUCCUGGAAAAAAUAACAUUAUUGUUCUUGAUAAUGCAAAGAUUCAUCAAAAUGAAAUAUUUGUUAAUAUAGUGGAAGAACUUGGAUGCCAUGUAAUUUUUCUACCGCCUUAUUCUCCUGACUAUAAUCCUAUAAAAACUGCCUUUAGUAUUAUUAAAAGUUGGAUUAAGAGGAAUAGGGACUUUAUGAAUGCUGUGAAUGAUCCAUUUUAUGCGAUCAUAGUAGCAUAUGCACAGAUCACACCCGAAAUAGCAGUAAACUUUUUUCGUGAAUUGG